GCACCGCUUUGCGUAUUCCGAGAUUCCGGAGGGACAGCACACCGCACUCCCCUCUCCUUUGUCCGUCCCCGAGACAAGAAAGAUAAAAACAAAUCAGAGAGAGAGAGAGAGAGAGAUCAACGGCUUUAUUUCGAAUUCUCUGACUCUCUUCUUCCCUUCGGCUUUAUUAAUCCUCAGUAUAAAUUCCUCACAAGUUGUUUUGACUGCGUUGGCUUUCUUCUCCUUUUUCUCGUCCUUCUUCUCCCGAGAGGUAUGGUUGGAAAUCACAGCAAGAAGCCUUUUUUUUUUUUCUGGUUGUUUUCCUAUCCAGAUUCUCACGAAUGUUCUAUUUGGAUCUUUCGGGGUGUUUUCUUUUGAUUCUGUGUGAUUUUUAAGGACCCUACCACUGUCUUCGCUAUUUACUUAUGGCAUCUGGUAGUCCUUAUCUUGAUGAAAUGAGAGUCAGUCCUGAGGUUAUUGACCCCCCUAAAAAUGAAGAUAUGAUGGAACUCAAUGAACAUGCGAAUGACCAUAUUCAGCAUUCAGCGAAGCCAAAUGCUGUUGCUAGUAAUGUACUUGAACUCCUGGAGUGCCCUGUGUGCUUAAAUGCCAUGUAUCCACCCAUUCAUCAGUGUUCAAAUGGCCAUACAUUGUGUUCUGGAUGCAAGCCUAGAGUUCACAAUCGGUGUCCCACUUGCAGGCAUGAGCUGGGCAAUAUAAGAUGUCUUGCACUGGAGAAGGUGGCUGCUUCUCUUGAACUGCCUUGCAAAUACCAGAGCUUUGGGUGUAUGGGCAUACAUCCUUACUACUGCAAGUUGAAACAUGAAUCACAAUGUGCCUAUAGACCCUAUAAUUGUCCCUAUGCUGGAUCAGAGUGCACUGUUGUAGGUGACAUUCCUUAUUUGGUGACUCACUUAAAAGAUGAUCACAAGGUUGACAUGCACAAUGGAAGCACGUUUAAUCAUCGAUACGUCAAAUCAAAUCCACAUGAGGUUGAGAAUGCAACAUGGAUGCUAACGGUCUUCAGUUGUUUUGGGCAAUACUUCUGCCUGCAUUUUGAGGCAUUUCAGCUGGGCAUGGCACCUGUGUACAUAGCUUUCUUGCGAUUCAUGGGGGAUGACACUGAAGCGAAAAACUAUAGCUAUAGUCUCGAGGUUGGAGGUAAUGGACGCAAGAUGAUCUGGCAAGGGGUUCCCCGAAGCAUAAGAGAUAGCCAUCGGAAGGUGAGGGACAGUUAUGAUGGGCUUAUCAUCCAACGGAAUAUGGCCUUGUUUUUCUCAGGUGGGGAUCGGAAGGAGCUAAAGCUGAGGGUAACUGGGAGGAUUUGGAAGGAACAAUGAAAACCCUUCCCGCUCUCCAUCUCCAGUUCAGCUUCACUUCUUUUGUGGUCCCUAGAUGAUCUCUAUUUAUGUCUCUUCAGAUCCUAUAUAUAUUUUGAGGUAGAUCAUGUAUUUAAGGCAAACUCUCUUUGCUAAGAAUGAUGCUCAAACUGGACUGGAAAAGCAUGAAACAUAUUCUUUUGUUGUGUAAAUGCCAGAUAUAGAGAACUUUGGUGCCGUCUGUUGAAUCAGCCAUCAUAUGUGUAACUUUCUGUUUUAGUAGCCCUGUGGCAAGGUAAUUCUAUCUUGAAAUUUUA